UUCAGACUCAUUAGCUUUGAAUGUUCACCUAAAAGUAAUACUGUAAUAAUUUCCCACCACUGAUGAUGAUAAGGGGAAAGAUUUGGGGGAGAUUGUAGCCAAAGAUAGUAAGAAUGACGGACAAAUACUUUAGAUAGGCAAACAACCGUUGUUCCCCUUCACUGCAAGCCAUUUAUGUUAAAAUUAUUAUGUAUGAUUUCAUUCUCUAUCGGUUUAUCUGGUUCACCUAUUUUGGAAGAAAACAACGAUGAUUAUCCGAUGAAGAUGAAGUAUGUGUUCGCUUGUAGUUCGUACAAAUUUCUUAAUCAUGUCUUCAAUCUGUCUUUAGGUUCUUCUAACAGAAUGUGACAGGCAGAAUUCUUCAAAUUGUUUCCUACCGGGUGAUUACCUUGUUGCUGUUGGCGAUGAACUUGUGAAUUCAAUGGCUCGGAAUGAAGUAGUUCAGCUGAUUCGUUGCUGUGGUCAUAGUCUGUGCUUGACUGUCCAACUUCUUCCCGAAUUUCUUGAAUUUUACUUUCGUUUAGUCUUUGCUCACAGUUCUGACUCCCCAAAUAUAAAAACAAGUCCAAAAUAUGUACAGGGUGAUUCCCGAUGCAUUAUUCUCGUCUCUGUGAGGAAUUAUGUUGUUAAAUAUGGAAGCUUCAAGAAUUUGUACAUACACUUGCAACAGUUUCAGUUAAACUCUGAUUCUUUUGAUGAAUUAAAUUUUACCAGUAAUGGAAGUAUUAUAUGCAAGUCUACUAUGAAGGACUACAAACACUCUGGAUGUGAUGCUGAUAAUAAUAAUAAUAAUAUGACGACCAGUCAUGAUGAUGAUAAUGAUGUCAAUUUCCCUGUAUGGGUUGCAUUUCGACAAGGUUAUGUUUCAGGGAAAUUUCUUACCUCACUACCAAAUGGACGAUGUCGUGUACUUAUUCUACCCGGACAAGAAGUAAUCGAAGUGAAUACUGAAGUGGUGGAACGUGCAAAUCCUUCAAAUAUGGAUCGUGUUGAUGAUCUUAUUAAAUUACGUUAUGUUAAUGAAUCCAGUGUAACGCAUUCAUUUAUACAACGUUAUGGUUCUGGAUUAAUAUUCACCUAUGCUUCAGGUAUCAAUUUGAUCAGUAUUAAUCCAAUGAUGCCGUUGAAUAUUUAUUCCGACAAAGUUAUGGAUUUGUUUACGGAUUGUGAAAUACGCUAUGAUAUGCCACCGCAUGUCUACUCUGUCGCUCAACUAAUUCUAGCCCGUUUAAAACGUCGAUUAUUCCACACACAUAGAACAAUAGAAGAACAGUUGAAUAAUAAUAAUAAUGAUCCAGUUUAUUAUAGUUUACCGUAUUCUUCUCUUAGUCAACAAGUUCUCUGCUUGUUAGGACGUUCUGGUUCAGGUAAAACACGUGUAUCCAAUGAUGUACUCGCGUAUAUGAUUUAUCAAUCUGAAAAGUUAAUACAAAAGCGCAAUCACUCAAAUGGUAAUAAUAAUAAGAAUGACGUUUUAUCCAGUAAAAUCAAUGCUUCUCGUCUACGUGCACUAUUCAAUCUACUCGAUUCAUUCACUUGUUCACGUAUCGUGCUCAAUACAAAUGGAAGUCGAGCUUUACGUUUAUUCUCAUUGGAAUUUGCCAAAAUUCAUUCACUGCCAAUUGUAAAUCAGCCUGAAGAUAUUGGUUUAAUGAUUACAGGUUUGACAACACGUCUAUUGCUGUUUGAGCGUAGUCGUGUUACAGAUCGACCUGAAAUUGAACCGAAUUUUCAUAUAUUUUAUUAUUUAUUAGCUGGACUGGAUGAUGAAUCAAGACGGGAAUUAUUCUUAACUGAUUUAGACGCGCCGAAUUUGUUUAUGACUCGUUUACAUAGACCGGAAGAUAAAGAAUCCGCUAAAAUCUAUUGGAAUCAAUUAUGUCGUGAUGCUGAACAGUUAGAGCUGAAUAUCAAAGCAGAAUGGUUAACUGGUGGCUUGGCACGUCUACUUGCUGUUAUCUAUCAUUUAGGUGUAACUUCUAUGGAGUUUUAUUCUCCAGCAGAAAAUGCUGGUGACAUUGGAUCAUGGCGUCAAGCACAUUGUUGUGCUCGUUAUGCAAUUCUACGAGUUUUGAUUGAAGCUGACAAUUCUAUGGUACGUAUAGAUGAAGUAGUCGGUGAGGACGGUGCACCUGAUUUGUGUAUUUUCUUUGAUCGUAAAAAGCUGUUAACUGUGGCUCGUCCAGCAAUUGGUGAAUUCUUAAGAAAAUUACAAUAUUACAAAAGUACAGCAAAUGCUAAAGAUGGAUGUGCUUUCUUCCAACACUAUAGUCAACUACUUCCGCAACAUACUAAACUGCGUAAAAUUGUAUUAGAUCGUAAGAAACCUCGACCUAUAUUUGUACAACCUGGACUUCGUCAAACUACCAAUGAUGUUGAAUUAAUUGCAUAUCCUUCAACUUAUCCCGGUGUUAUCCAGUCAUUUGUAGAUCGUUAUAAUGAUUUGCCUUUAGGCCAGAAAGCUCUUGAUGCUUUAGAAAUUGUUUGGCGUAGAGAAAAGCCGUAUUUUGAAGACAUUCCUAUAUAA